AUGACUCGCUUUGGAUUCCUCUCCCUGGCUCUUCUCUCGCUCCAGGCCUUUGUUGGCACCGGCUUUGCUGCUGAUGCUGAGCAGGUUGCAGAGUCUGAGGCUCUCACUCUCGCCGUCUCGGCUGAGGCCUCUUUCCCUGCCUCUGAGAUCUUUGGUGUGAAGCUCAUUAACGGUCACCCGACCCAGGCGUUGAUUGCCUUCACCAACGAUGAGCCGAACCCUGUUACCGUCAACUUCCUUGGAGGAAGCCUCUGGAGUCUCGAUGAGCAGAGCAAGAAUGUUCGCAACCUGACCGCCACUCGUUACGGUGUUGAGAUCCCCGCGAACUCCAAGGAGAGCAUCAGCUACAGCUUCGCGACUGAGAUGCACCCGGUGGACCUCCGUCUGAACAUCGCGGCCGUCAUGUCCGACAGCGAGGGUCACUUCUUCACCGUCCAGGCCUUCAAUGGCACUGUGAGCGUGGUGGAGCCUGAGACCAGCAUCUUCGACCCCCAGAUCAUCUUCCUCUACUUCUUCCUCCUGGCCUGCUUUGUCGGUGUCGUCUACUUCUUCUACAAUGUCUGGAUCGCGCCCUACUUCCCCCAGAAGCACAAGGGUGGCAAGUCCGGCGAGAAGAAGACUCCUGCCAAGCGCGAGAUUGCUGAGGAUACCUCCAGCCCUGCUGUCGCCUCGGCCACCACCUACAACGCUGACUGGAUCCCUGCCCACCACAUCAACCGCCCGGAAGCCCGGAAGGUCAAGGGCAGCAAGUCCAAGGCCCGCGCGUAA